AUGUUUCAAUUCCUGUGCCAGCGCAGCUUCCACAACCAUGCCGUGGACGGGGCUGUGACCCUGCCAGCGGUCGCUCCAAUGGUGGAGGGUGUGAUGAAAUCUUUAGGCCGCCCGGUUUCGCCCGGAGAAGUCUAUCGGGUGUGGAAUGAACAUUGUGAUCCUGACAUGCACCACAUGUCGUUGGCGCACUUCGAACCUUUUCUGCGUGCUUUGCUGCAGGAUUACCUGCAAAACGCAGAUGUGCAAGCCGAGGACCAUCGCCGCCUCGCAGUGACCCGACCGCUGCUGGAGAGCACUGGGUACCCGGAGAUGGAAACACCCAGCCAGGAGCCAACACAACAGGCGAAGCAGCCGCAACAGCCGCAACAGCCGCUGCAAGGCGAACAAACCCAACCAACCCAACCAACCCAACCAACCCAACCAACCCAACCAACCCAACCAACCCAACCAACCCAACCAACCCAACAAACCCAACAAACACAACAUCCCACUCCUCAGAGGGGUCGGAAAACCACACCCCCGCCGAAAGCUAAAGCAGAUCCAAAACCUUUGAAAGAUGCAGCAAUUGCAAAAGCAAAACGGCCAACGACACCACAAAAUAGCAGCAGAUCAAGCAGCAAACCGCCAGCUCCACCCAUUCAAAUGCAAAGCAAACCACCUUCUUUCCUCAAAGAUGCGUUGGAUGAAGCCCAUGGUCACUUAGUGCCCGAGACCAAGGAACUGCUCCCACAAGAGGAGCUCUCAAAUGAAGAGCUGGAUCACCAGCAGCCAGAAAGCCCUGGUGUUUUUGCCUCCGCUAGCGAAGCCUUGAGUCGGUUGGAAAGCAUUUGCCAGGAACUGGGGGAGACUUUUUUUCUGGACCCAGAUUUCGGUCCCACAUCCGCGGACCCCACUGGAAAGAAGUCCUUACUUUCAGAUGGAAGCCUUCCUGCAGAGGCGUUUCAAAAAUUUCCGGGCCAUGAGCAGGUGGCUUGGCACAGGCCAUGUGAAGCAUGGUCCAACAAACAUCACUUUUGUGGUGAGUUUGCGGAUGUUCGAACUGGAGUCUUUGGCAACGCUUGGUUUGUGGGGGCUUUGUGCUCGCUGUCCAUGAGUGAGGACGAACUUUUCGGGCGCCCAUCCGGAUAUGAAGAGCCUCUGGGGGUUUAUCCAAGAGUGUUUUGGGACUCAGAAUUCCGACGGAGAGGCUUGUACUGCUUCAAGUUCUCCAAGCAGGGCCAAUGGAAAUAUGUCGUAGUUGAUGACCGUUUGCCCUUCCAUCGCAAAACUUCCCAGCCGCUGUUCUCCCACGCUGUUGGAAUCGAUUCCACACCACACGUUUGGAUUGCCCUGAUCGAGAAGGCCUACGCCAAACUUCAUGGCGCCUACUUUUCCCUGUGGCUGGGUUUCGUGGAUGAUGCGCUGGAAGACUUGACUGGAUGGCCUGCAGAAAAGCUCCAGAUCUCCAAGUUUGGCACAGCAGAGGGGAAGAAGGAUCCAGCAGCCUUGUGGUCCACCCUUUCGGACCUCACAGGGAAGUCGAUGAAGUUGAUGAUUUGUUUGCGGGCUGAUGCAGGUGGAUCAGAUGGCGACUUGGUGCAUAUCGACCCUCGGAGCAUCCGCUUGGAUGCACGCCCUGAGGCAGACUCCUUCUGCACCGGGAUCUUCCGCAACUGGGCCUAUCCCAUUGUCAGCCUGCGCCAGGCUCCGGGCACGGAGGCCUUGCAGUUCGUGCGGCUCAGAUCCUUCACGGGAACUUGGCAUGGCCCUUGGGGGGAUCAGGACCUGAACUGGAGCCAAGUGUCUCCAGAGUUGGUGGAACAACUGCACAGCCCGCCACCACAUGGAGCUAGCCUCGUGUUCGCAUGCCAACUGGGACAACAGGAGGAUGGAGUUCACCCAUCUAUGUUGCGACCCAUCAUGCCAUUUCAAAGCAGGCCGGAAGACUUGGCAAUGGCCCAUGAUGGAACUUUCUUCAUGCGGUUCGAGGAUUGGAUGCAGGUUUACAGCCAUGUUCUUCUUCGGCAUCAGCUGAAUGGAUGGAGCCGCAUGCGGCUUGAGGGCUCCUGGAUGUCCCACACUUGUGGUGGGACUCCCAUCCCAGUGAUGCAACCAGUGCUUGCAACCUUGGACAGCUGGGCCAGGAACCCUCAGUGUCUUCUAAGUUUGGAGGCAGAUUUCGAUGUGGAGCUUUGUGUCACGCUUCAUCAGUUCGAUGCGCGAUUGAACAGUGCCUCGCCUUUUCCAUUUGAAGAUCAGUUGCGGCAGAUCUUCCUCUGCAUCAUGCACAUGGACGGCUCUGAGCGGCUGACGGUCUUCGACAAGAAGCGGAUUGUGCGACACAACGGGGCCAGUGCAGCCACCCCUUUGAGUCAAAGACGGUCAGUGCUACUGCAAACCCAGCUGAAGAGCCCGGGACGCUACGCCAUUGUACCCUCCAUUUGGGAGCCUGAGUUGCCAAAGGGCUCUCAAGUUCCCUUUGUCUUGACGUUGCACCUGAAUUGUGACGCCGAGAAGUUCUUUGUUGAAGCAUCGGAGGCAGAAGUUUCCACGGAGCCAAAGGGGUCCGUGGCCAUGUCGGAUGCCGAUGUCUCACCAGACGCAGGGGUCUCCCAGGAGGUUCCGCCCAAAGCCAGCGAUUACGCCCAGGGCUAUGUAGGGUACAUCUAUGAAGAUGCCUUCAGGGAACUUUACGCGGAGAAAUCUGUUGAAGCCGAACCUGACCCAGCAGAAGCAGCUCCUGAGGGUGUGGAAGAUCCAUCAGCUGCAACUGGACCUUUUGUACGGGAUGAUGGCGAGAUCGAUCUCAACAAGGAGGCAGAUGAGAUCAAGGCCAUUCAGGAGCAGGUGGUCUCAGAGGAGGAACGGCUUCAACGGAUCCAGCAGCUGCUCCAUAGCAAGAUUGAUGAAGCCAGGGAGGGCGACCAGCAGGAAGCCCAAGAGCUUCUGGAGCACUGGGGUUUGGUGAUGCGGGAGCAGCUCCCUGUGCCGGAGAGCAAGCUGAAGCAGAUGUUAGAUCGUGAUCAGUUAGAGCGCGAGCAGCUCAUAGUGCCGCGCGGUAUGAUGGAAGACAUGGAGAGAUACUACGACAUAAAGAAGGGCACCAUCCCUCAGCAUGACAAUUUGUUGGCGAUUUCCAAGCCAGAGGAGCCGAAUCAUUUCAAGAUGACAAGAUCGCAGAAGCUCAGAGCAGAUGCAAUGCAGGUGAAGCCAACCCUCACUGAAGAGCAGAGAACUGCCAUUGCUGGUGAGUUGGAGGAGCGGCUUCGCAAGCGGCCACGCAUGCCAGCCGGGCUGAGUGCUGAUCAGAAAGCCAAGAACCGGGAGAUAGUGAAAAGGAUGCAAAUGAAGGUGAACUUCCUCAAGAAUCCUCGCUUUCUUGCCGAUCGAGGUGGCAAAGAUAAGGGCGAACCUUGCCCCUUUUGGUUCACACCAGAUGUAGUUCUCUUUCGCAACUACGAGAUAGGCGGACUCUAUCAGAUCCAGGUGGAGUUCCGCAAUUGCACUGGAAUUAGCAGACGACUUCGGGUUCUCCCUUGCAAAAGUGCGGCCUUUUCCAUCAAAGAGCUGCACUACGACAAGGAGCUGAACUCCCAGCGCCCCGAGCUGGUGGGCCUCGAUCCGCUGGCAGCUGUGGUGGCCCCGGGCUUGGCGGCCCAUCUGGUGGUGCAAUUUGCACCCAGCACGCUGAAUGAUGAGAACGACUGCAUCACAGUGUGCACGGAAAUUGGUGACUUCGAGCUUCCGUUGUUGUCCAGAAGAGAGCAGCCAAGUCUGAAAGUUGCAGAUCCUGUGGAUUGUGGAUGCAUGCUGGCAGGCAACAAUAUCGUUGAAAUGGUGCGAAUUCAAAACUCCGGCGGGGAGGGUGCCUUUCGGCUGAUUGUGAACGAAGACGAUCCGCCUGAGGACUAUUUUUACGAGACCUUUCCCAACACGGACUUGAAUUUGGUGGUGGGAUCUUUUUCGGUUUCCCCUGCGUCGUUUUACAUGGAUGCCAAUUCCAGCAUGGAUUUGCGGGUGCGCUUUGAUGCCGACAAAGUUGGACAUCACCGGUGCCCGUUGUUUGUUGAAGGUGACAAUGGUGAAAGAACAGCGCUGAACAUCGUGGCGGUGUGCGAUGCCAUUCGCUUGGAAAUGGUUCGAUGGCCCACUCUCCAAAAGGACCUGAAACCCAUGAUUUGUGAAGAUGGCACAUCUCCCUGGCAGUUGAUUCCCUGGCGAUUGGAUUGGCUGAAGCCUGGGACCCAGGUGGGUCACAUGGCCCAGCAGACGAUAGAGAUUGCCAACGGUGGUUUCAUGCCAAUGCGCGUGGAUUGGGCUUUAGCCCAGCCCCCCCGGCAGUUCUCCGCCCGCCUGGCCGUGGGCUCGCUGAACCGCUUGUCGGAUCGGCUGAUCAGCGAGAUCCACGACUGGAGCGUUCACCUGCCCAGGACGCACAGCUCUCCAUCGUGUCCCUUCAGGGUGGAGCCAUCCUCCACCACCAUCAAGCCCUUUACCAGGCAAAAAUUCACCUUCAGCUUUCAUGCACAUGGCCCUGUUGGCACCCAAUCUUCCGUUUUUGCAUAUUUGGUGGCCAGAGAGUUGCCGGACAGCACGGCUUGCAUCCUGCACUACAAAAAGCUGCUGGAAUUGCAAAGUGAGAUGCAGCCCGAUGAUAAAUCUUAUUCUGCUGCCUUGCCUCUCUUUGGAAGUAUCGUCAGCCAGCCUUUUGACAGAAAGUUGAAACACAACGGCUGCACUGAUCCUGUGGAAUUGAAAGUGGCAGAUCCAAAGGACUGCGCGGUGAGCCGCGUGAUUACUGCCGUUUCCUUGCAGGGUCGCAGCUGUGGACCCACCAUCUCAGUGCUUCCGCGCGUCAUCGCACUCCCUGGGGACGUGUUGCCCUUCAUCCCAACAGUGCGGGAAAUCAAGCUCCGCAACUCGGGGUACUAUGCCUCCUAUUUCCGGGUGAGAUUGACCUCCACCAUGCAUGCAGCCGAUGCCAACUCCAUAGACCCCCUGUGGAUUGUGUCGGUUCCAGAGGUGGGCGUCAAGCCGGAAGCUGCGGAGUCCAACCCACGGGUGGAUCCCACGUUGGAGGAGAUGAGGAUGCAAGCCAGUCGCUUGGCCAAAUCUUGGCCGCCGCUGCCACCGGAACCGGGGUUGCCUGGUGCCUCGCAGCUGCCGGGCUACGGAGCCUUGGCUUCCUGUGCUGUGGAACCACAUGAGGGUCGCAUCCCGCCGGGUGGUGUGGUGACCAUUCGGGUGACCCUGCGAGCUGUGCACGAAUGUGAUUUGGAUGGGCAGCUGGUGAUUGAUUUGCCGCUGAAUGCUGAGUGCGCUGACCCGGCAGCUGCCCCGCUGAAGGUGGGGAUUGCGGCAGCUGUCCGGUCGCCCCGGCCUGAAAUUCGUAGCCGGGCGAUUUUGGAUUACGGCGUGGUCCGAGCUCAUGCGCGGCACAGCCUGAAGGUGGAGCUCAGCAACCCCACUGAAAUGCCGAUGCUGCUCCAGUUGCGGCAAUUCAAGGACAAUGCAAGGAACCACGAGUUUCCGGUGGAAUCACACCGGGAGGUGGUGAAUUUAUUCUUGGAAGCUGUGAACAAGAAGUCCCGCGAGGGAUAUGCAGAGAUAGCAUCAGAUCAAUAUGUCGAAAUACCAGUGCAGCCCUGGGUACAUUCCAAGAGUGGAUGUUUGGACAAGAGCGGGCGACGGAAGUUUGGAUCCAAUCAGUCUGGGGAAGUGGAUGAUUCGGUGUACGUGGGAGGAGUACCAGAUGAAGAGGACUUCGUCUUCCACCCAGGCUUCCUGGCGCUGUGGCCCGGGAAGACGGGUGAGGUGGAGGUGACGCUGCGGAGCCGUGGCGUGGGCAAGUACAGUGCGCUCUUGGAGGCUGUGGGCUUCAAUUCUCUGCACGCGCAGUGUUUGGAAGUGUUUGCUUCCGUGCAACUCCCGCUUGUCCGGAUCAACACACAUCAUGCGCACUUCCCGGUCACAUAUCUCAGGACUGCGUCUGCACCCAUGGAAGUCGAACUGCGCAAUGAGUCGGAAAUGCCUGCGAACUUCAACUGGAACAUACCUGUGAACAUGGAAGCAUGUUUGGAAUGCCAAAUUCAGCCAGUGCAGGGACAUAUUCCGCCCAGAGGAAGGCAGCUAUGCACGGUGAUUGCGGUGCCAUCCAAUCUGGUGGAAGACGGAGGCAGAGCAUGCUUGCCAUGUCAGCUCUUUGUUGAAGAAAUCCUGCAGCCCUUGGAGUUGCGCGUCACUGCCGUGGUCUACGGAUGUGAAGUGGACUAUGCUGUGGUAGAGCCUGGUGAUUUACCCCCAGAGAUUGUGCUACAGCCCCGGCAGCCAGGGGAAUCUGCCUGUGAUCCCAGAGGGACCUACAUGAUCACCACAGGCCGUGCGCCUCGAAAAAUGCCCAUUGUGGACUUUGGGAAUCUGCCACUACAAAAGGCCAAGGUGACGCAUGUGGUGCUCUACAAUCGAACGGGCAUUGCCACGCCUUUCAGUGCAAAGAUCGAGAAGAAUCCGGCCUUUGAUCCUCUGGUGAAGGGCAGAAAGAUUGGUGACUACCUGGAUGCGGCCACUCGCAUGUAUGCUCUCAUCAAUCAAUCAGGCGGUGCUGAACCCGAUGAAGAUACUCUCAAGCAGACCUUUGAAAGUUCGCCGCAGCCUGCUGGUGCCGGGAACGAUGAAGAUGGCAAGGUCAAAGUGAAGAAAUUGAAGAGCAGCUUGAAUAAGACGAAGAAGACCAGCACCAAAAAGAAGAAGUGGAUUCUGGAUGAUAAGCAUGAGCGUCAGGCUUUCAGAAGCAGCUUUGGAGCCGAUUUCGCCAAACAGAAAGAAAUGAAAGAACAGGGAAGGAUGGCCUUGAAAGCUGGCCGGGGUUUUGCAGUGAAGGUGAGUCCAACAAGCGAUUGGCUUCAACCAUUCAGUACCGCCGUGCUCGCUCUGACCUCUUUCAGUGAUCUGCCCGGGCUGAUGGAAGACGAGCUGAUUCUCACUCUGCGCGAGCUUCCUGGUCACGCUGAUGGUGAAGUAUUCCGGAUUCCCCUGCGCCUGCAAUCGUAUGGCAAUCCCUUGUACCUUCCGGACCAGCAGGUGGGACUCAACACCUUGGCGCUACCUCCCAGGCUGAGCUGCGGCGUGACGGUGCCGGCGGAGAAGCAGCUGGUGCGCCGUUUCAAGGUGGGGAACAACUCAGCGGCACGCGUGGUGGUCAGCUGGAAGGCAUUUCCCAAGUCGCAGCUGGAGAACAUGGCGGAAGAUCGCAACAUGAUCCAUGUGGCCCUUUGUGGCCGAAGUCCUGACAUCAAGGAUCCCUUCAUCGUGGAGCCAAAGAAGGAAGACCCAAACAAGGAUGUGCUUCAGCUCAAAGUGGAGGAAGAAAAACCGGUGGACGAUGAGGAGCCUGACCCAGAUGAACCUUUCAACUUUAAGAUUUGGUCAGCACCACCUCCAGAAAUCGAAGAUCCAUUUUCCCUCUCCGGCGGCCGCCUUCCAAUGGUAAUUGAGCCAUCAGAAGCCAUAGUCCCAGAGCAUGGCACCGCCACUUUCACUGUGACCAUGACCUGCAUGAAAGCGACACUGACUGCGGCCAAUAACUAUCGCUAUACCCUGAUCGGAGACUGUCGCUUCACCGCAGACCGCGAGGAGCGCCUGGCCUUUGCGGAAACCAAUCCGGACGAGGAGUACGAUGACGUGGUGCCGCAGGAGGCAUACGUGGCCCCCUCUCAAGAUGAGCAGGUGAAAGCCCUGCCGGACAUCGAGCUGGACGGAGAGACUCUGGUGGACGACGACUCGGACAUGGAGGAAACCGCGCAAGAAAAGAAGGAACAUGCCAUUGAGGUGCCCCCGCCCAUGGAAGCCACCAAAAAGCAGAAACCCAAAAGAACCUUGGCACCUCCGCCUCAGCCACUGGCAGUGGAGCCUCAGCUGGAUGUGCUUGCAACCAUUGUCAUCGAUUGCGUUGGUGAUUGCGUUUUGCCACGCUUGACGGUGGACAAGAAGGGCAAUCCGGAUGUUGAGGAAUUCCCUGCACAGAACAAGGAGCAGGAUGACAUUGGUUCCUCCACCGAGCCGCCCGUCUUGAACGCCCCAGUCUUCAAGUUCACCUGGCCAGCCAUGCAGCAGGAUGGCCCCAACAGUGGCACCGGCGUUGUGCAGGGAGGUGCUGCGGGUGGACAGCAAGCACCUGGCAUCACGCUGUGUCAGGUGCGUCAGAUCAGCUUCUCCAACGACAACGCGUCCAAGGUCACGUGCCGCUUCAGAACCGAUGGACCCUUCAAGAUCCAACUGAUUCAGCAACCAGGACAUCAUCCGGUGCAGAACAGCCGCCCAGUGGGCUCUAAGUCACGAAAACAGGAGGAGGAUGAGAUCAAGGGGAGGCUCUUCGUGCUGUCAAAGUGGGAAACCAUCACUCUGCAUGUGGCCUUCAUUCCUGAGCAAAUCCCUGCUUCUGAGUGGCACCACUAUCUCACUCGCCAUGAGCAUGUCUUCAAAGGCGAUUUGAUUGUGGAGUAUCCUCGCGAGACAUCUGGCGAAAGCACCACGCAUAAGGAUGAUCUGCAGCGGAUACAUUUGGUGGGCACUGCGCGUCGCCCUGCAGUGCGAAUCCACUUGGUGCCCAACGAGUUUGACCGUCCGUUGCGCCUGGAAAGGGCUGAGAGGCCGCCGUGGUCCGAACCCAUGCCACUGAUGGUGGAGUUUGGCUACACCCACAUCACCAGUUCAGUGACACGUUCGCGAACUGUCCUGAUUUCCAACGUCACCAACAUGUUGGCCAAAUGGUCCCUAGCACACGUGGGUCGCAAGCGACGCGCAGCACCCAUCAUUGGGUCCACUCUGCCAGAGGAGGAGGAGUUCCGAGCGCUGGAUGACAAAGAUGCCUUUGAGUUCGAGAUCAGUGGUGGGGAGCUCCCAGGACCUUCCAAAGAUGGCUUGGUCCCAGGCUCCGAGGAGCGGCUGCCCCACUGGUGCGCCAAGAGCUCGGCCGUGCCCAGGCUGCCGGCCUUUGAGGAUGACGAGCGCUUCGAGCCGCAGAGGGUGAAGAUCUCCUUCCGGCCGAAGAAGAAUGAGCUAUACAAGUGCCGUUUCCGGGUGCAAGUUGAGAGUGGUCUGAGUGUCGACUUCAUUUGUCGUGGGUGUGGUAGCUAUGAUGAGGAAGAUGACAGCUUGGACUUCCAUGAGGCAUGAAAGCCAUAGUAGUAUUCAACGUAUUCCAAAUGCCCAGGUGUUCCCACCCCCUAGUAACAGAAACCUGCAUAUAGGAG